AUCAAACCGAAGUGUCAAAGCACCUUUGUCCGUUCAUUAUCAUUUGACUUUUAUAUAGAUCUACAUUAUCCUUUUUUUUUCUUUAUUUAUUUAUUUAAUAUAACUUACAUUCCAAUAAUAAUGCAUACCCUUCCUCCUCCUGAAGGUACUGAAGAUUACCAUAGAAUACCCUUUCAAUUUACUGAUAAAGUAUCGUCUCGGAAUGUGUUUAUCAGGUUACCAGAUUCAUUUACGCCUGUAGAACGUAUGGUUUUGCAAGCAUCAGGUAAUCUCCAAAGGAUUAUAUCGGCAUAUUUCAAUGUCCCAAGUCACGUGGAAAUUAUCAAAAAUGGUGCCAUGCCGGCAACAACAACAACAACAACAAAUAGUGGAGAUCCUAUUCAUCAAGUAUAUGAUCGACAAACAAAGAUUCAUUUUGGUGAUAUCAUGGCUUAUGAAGCAGAUUCAAUUGUUAUUGCAAGAGAUCAAAAAAUAUUAGAAUUGAUUGAAGUACACAAGUAUGGUUUGGGACAAAUCUUUCGAUAUGCUCAAAGAACACCGGAUUUUAAAUUAUUAGCUGUUGGUCGUCAUGGUACCAAGCCUGGAUCUAGUUUUUGGCGUGAUUAUAGUUUACGGAUUCCUGGUCUGGUGGAUUGUUUUAUCAGAGAAACUUUUGUUCAAGGACUUUUUCAUACAAUGACAGAUACUCAACAAGAAGAUGGAAAAGGCACUAUUUGGUUCAAUCAACCUUUAGAUACUACGAUAUAGAUUUAUUAUAAGAUUAUUUUAUUGUAUUUUUUUUUAUUUAUUAUUAGAUUAUUUCUCAUUAUCAUCAUUAUUAUUAUUGAUUCAUUAUUCUCCUUAUUGUAAAUAAUAUGAUUGUAAUUGUCGAUCCCCUUCA